AUGCAAGCGGUAGUCUAUGAAGGUCCUUUUAAUAUCGUUGUCAAAGAAAAGCCAAAGCCCGUCAUUAUCGACGAAUGCGAUGCGAUUUUGAAGGUUCAGCUUGCGGGCAUAUGUGGCAGCGACUUACAUAUGUAUCGCGGUCAUCAGGAGACAACUACCGGGCAUAUCAUGGGCCAUGAGUUUAUAGGAACCGUUGAGGAAAUUGGAACAGCGGUAAGGAGGUUCAGCAUUGGACAGAAAGUCAUGUCUAUUUUUUCCCCUAUGUGGAAGCUGGCUGCUACAGAACUAAUUGGGCAUAGUAUGAAAUGCUGGUUUUGUGAGCAUGGAUACACCAACAGAUGCGUCAAUGGCCCUUCAUUUGGGAGCAUGGCGCUUGACGGUGGCCAGUCUGAAUAUGUGCGAGUGCCUUAUGCUGAAAGCACUCUCGAGGCUAUUCCGGACGAAGUCAGCGAUGAGCGGAUGAUUAUUAUGUGUGAUAUCUUCCCUACUGGGUACUACGGUGCGAUGAAAGCCCUAAUGAAAUUGAAACUCGGGAAAGAGACGGCGGAAUCAAUCGUUGGGGACAUAUUACACACACCAUCUGCACUGCGGCCCUCUUUUCGGCAGCAACCUCUCAGUCAAGUGGUGGUUGUUUGUCUUGGAUGUGGUCCGGUUGGGGUUUGCGCAGUUUUAACAGCCAAGGUUCUGGGAGCUGGCACUGUCUAUGCAGUUGACUCUGUGGAGGAUCGUCUAGAAGAAGCGAGAAAGAUGGGCGCGUUGCCCUUGAACCUAAAAACAGAUGACGUUCUAGCAACUGUGAAGUCUGCGACAGAUGGUAGAGGUGCCGAUGCAGUGGUUGAAAGCGUGGGGAACCAGUCAGCAUUGCGACUGGCAUUUGACGUCGUUCGAGCCUGUGGUGCUAUAUCUUCGAUUGGGUUUCAUCAGUCUGAGCUUCCUUUCUCUGGGUUUGAAGCAUAUUCAAAGAACAUCGACCUUAAUAUGGGACGCGCCGCAGUCCGGCCGGUAUUUGGGGAAGCACUCAAGGUUUUCGCCGAAAAUCAAGAUAAAUUUGCAGAUUUUAUUACCCAUCGUAUGCCUUUAGCAGAGGCACCCAAGGCAUAUGAGAUAUUUGAAAAACAUCAGGCGAGAAAGGUGAUCUUAAAGCUAUAA